AUGCCGUCCAAAUCCAGAUGUGUAAUGACCUACCAUGAUCGGUUCAUGUCCAAGGAAGAACGGUGGAGGUCCUCUCGUUUCGACGACAUGUCCAAACUAUGGGAGCUCACGGAUAUUGAGAAGCAAAAGAUGCGUCAGUUCCAGUUUCGUGUGGAGGAUGUAGACCACUGGAAAAAUGACCCUUAUGAACUGGUCCGAAUUUUGAAGGAAUUCCAUGGCGAUGUGGCCAUGGCAGAGCACAUCCUCCGGUACACGGUGGAUUGGAGAAAACAAAACAACAUGGAGACGCAUAUGGAACGUUAUGGUACGCCAGAUCCACGAUUUCACCAUUACCCCAUUGGAAUUCUGGAGGGCAAGGACAAGGACGGUGACCCCAUUUACUGUAACCGAUUUGGGUCCGCAGACUCGUCAGGUCUCCUCGAAGAGUUUGGAUCCGAUGGGAUCAUCGACUACAUGCUGUUCUUGUAUGAGUACAUUAGUAGACGCGAGUUCUGGAGACCCUACGAAAAGCGGGAAGGGCACCGAGUCAAGUCGUUGACCGCCGUUGUCGACUUGGACGGACUCGACGAAGAAUACAUCAUGAAACAAGAUCUGUUGCCUCUCUUGCAGCGCAUGGCAAGAAUCGCCCAAGACUGCUAUGCAGGUACAGCAAAGCGCAUCAUCCUGGUGAGAGCACCCCCGAUCUUCCGAGCUGUCUGGGCUAUGGCAAAGUACUAUUUUGAUCCGCACAUUCGCGAAAAGAUGAUCAUUGCCGAUCUUGCAGAUAUUCACGAGUAUAUGGACCCUUGCGUCCUCCCGGAUUGUGUAUUUCCAGGAGUUGGUCAGGGAAAGUCCAUGCCAGGCUUCUUCGAAAACAUCCACUGGGAAGCAGGCCCCAUUCCCAGUCGGAAGCAGGCCAAGAAGCAAUUGAGGAAACAGAAAUCCAAGUCGCUUCAAUACCCAAGAAGAACACCAUCCGCACGGUCGUCAAAGAAUGGUGCCGUUGUUGUUGUUAGUGUCACAACCACCACUGUGUUCAAAGGAAGCUGGGAUCAAGAACUCUCCGGACCCAUAGUCCAGUCCUUUUAG